AUGGCGAUCACCAACGGAACCCACUCAAACGGCAGCCAUGAAGACACCGUUCCAUUGGCUAGGUAUCUCUGGGAGCGGAUCCACCAAGUUGGCGUGACGAAGAUCUUCGGCGUUCCAGGCACGCCCUUUAUAUACAACGUCGAUGGUCUCGAAUGGGUUGGCAACACGAACGAGCUCAACGCCGCAUAUAGCGCCGAUGGCUACGCUCGCGUCAAUGGAGCUGGCUGCCUCAUCACCACGCAUGGAGUCGGAGAGCUCUCGGCCUUAAACGCUAUUGCUGGGAGCAUGACGGAACAGGUGAAGGUGAUUCAUGUUGUCGGCCAGACAUCUCUCAAGAUGCAGCGCGGUCGCAUGAUGAUCCACCAUUCCAUCGGACAAAGCCCUAAUCACCAGAUGUUCAACAACGCAUCCAGAGAAUUCAGAGUUGCCGCUGCUGAACUGCAAACUGCAAAGGGUGCGGCCGAAGAGAUCGACCGCGUGUUGCGCGAGUGCUUCAUCAAAUCCGGCCCCGUCUACAUCUUCCUUCCCAUCGACCUCGUGGACGUCCAUGUUCCAUCGAAAGCAUUGCAAACGCCUCUGAACGUCGAGCCGGAAGUGGAUCCCAAAGUCAUAGACGAUGCGGCCAAGACGAUCCUCCAGGCUCUCGAAUCCAGUCACAAUCCCGCGCUGUUUGUCGAUUGCCUAGUACAAAGACGACAAGCCGUCGAGGAAGCGAAGCAGCUCGUGAACAAGCUUCAGAUUCCCACUUAUGACUCUAACAUGGCGAAAGGGAUCAUCGAUGCGACAAACGAGCACUACGCAGCCCUCUACAACGGCAUCCCAUCAGCCCCAGGCGUCCAUGAAGCAUUCCAAAAGCACGAUUUCGUGCUGGUCCUGGGCAAUCUCCCGUGCGACACAAACACCGGAGGCUUCACGCGCAAGAUCCCCACCAAUGCAGCCUACAUCAACACCGAGGACGUGCAAAUCAACGCCUGGAAGCUCCCCAAUGUCCCCCUCAAAGCAGUCACCAAACGCCUCAUCGACCUCGCCGACCCCUCCAAAAUCCCGCACGUCAAAAAUCCAAAACACACCCUCCCGCCUGCCCUACCAGAGGAAGAUGCCGACUCGAAACUCAUCACGCAAUCCUGGAUCUGGCACCGUCUGGCCGACUGGUUCCGCCCCCACGACGUCGUCUUCGGCGAAACCGGCACCGCCGCCUUUGGCCUUCCCGAUGCGACCUUCCCGGCAGACACGCACUGGAUCACGCAAACCUACUACGGCAGCAUCGGGUACGCCACGCCCGCAGCUCUGGGAGCCGACCUAGCGCUCGCCGACCGCGCAGAGAAGCAAGGCACUCCGCGCGGCCGCACGCUGCUCAUCACCGGCGACGGCAGCCUGAUGUUGACGUGCCAGGAAAUCGGGAAUAUGGUGAAGCAGAAGCUGGCGCCGGUCAUCUUCCUCAUCAACAAUGCCGGGUACACGAUCGAGCGUGUCAUUCACGGCGCAGAGUGCAGCUACAACGACAUCGUGCCCUUCAACUACGAGCAUAUGCUUCCAUUCUUCAACAUGCCGCCAGCGCAGGCGAAGAAGUGCUUCCACAAGGCGCACACGAAAGCGGAGCUGGAUGCCAUUCUCGCUCUUGAUCGCGUGCAGAAUCCAACAAGUGUGCAGGUCGUGGAGAUUGUAAUGGACAGGUUAGAUGUGCCCUGGCGCCUCGCCUCAGGCGUAGCAAUGCGAGGGCCAGAAGCAGUCAGGGAGAUGCGCGAGGCUGGGUUCCGCGUGCGCGACUUGACGAAUUCGAGCGACUUCUGGAAUUGA